GCUGGGCGCGGCCCCGCGGGGGCGCGGGGGGGCCGGGCAGCCCUGGCCGGGGGUAACGGGCUCUUCCCCUCCGUGCGCAGAGACAGGCACCUGCCAACAUGUCCGACAAACCAGACAUGGCUGAGAUCGAGAAAUUUGACAAGUCCAAAUUGAAGAAGACAGAGACGCAAGAGAAAAACCCGCUGCCUUCAAAAGAAACAAUUGAACAGGAGAAGCAAGCGGGUGAAUCGUAAUGAAAUCUGCCCUUCCAAAUUAUGCACUGUACAUUCCACAAGCAUUGCCUUCUUAUUUUACUUCUUUUAGCUGUUUAACUUUGUAAGAUGCAAAGAGGUUGGAUAAAGUUUUAAAUGACUGUACUGCCCCUUUCACAUCAAAAGAAUAGAGAGAACUACUGACACUGAAUGAAGGCGCUGCCUUUCCCUCUGCCUGUCUGGCUUUGGUCCUGGUGGCAUGAAAGAGCUUGCAUGUUGAUGAAAGAAGAACUUGGGUGGGACUACAGUAAACUAGAGUAACACACGAAUAAAUGCAAAGCUGUACCAAGGUCCUGCGAGCUGUAAAAUGCAGUUAAUCGAGUGCCAUUUUUUUUUUUUUUUUUUUUUUGUUCAAAUGAUUUUAAUUAUUGGAAUGCACAAUUUUUUUAAUAUGCAAAUAAAAUGUUUUAAAACCUGGA